AUGGCGCACUACUCUGCAUUCAACAUCUGCAUAAUCCUUGUGCUUGCUUUAGGCAGCCUCACCUACGGCUAUGCCUUUAGCGUCAUAUCUAAUACUAUCGGACAGCCCGGUUUCCUCAGCUACUUCAACCUUGACUCCAAUCCUUCGUACGCCAGUGCGAUAGAAGGAGCAACCAAUGGUCUUCUGAGCGCCGGCGGCAUUUUUGGUACGAUAACCGUCGCAUACACCUGCAACAAGUAUGGUAGGAAGACCACCAUGAUCGCUGCGUCCUGGGUGUGCAUCGUCGGCGGAGUCCUGGAAGCUGCCUCCGUAGACAUCUCGAUGUUUCUUGUUGCUCGCUUCGUCACCGGCUGGGGAGUUGGCAUGAUGGGCGUCCUCAUCCCUAUCUACCAAGCCGAGGUCUCGCCACCGGCUUCACGUGGGCUCUUCGUCGGACAACACGGGACUUGGCAUGUGGCCGGUGACGCUAUUUCUGGAUGGGUUGGUGUAGGAACGUACUACUCGACUAAUCCUAGCUUUCAAUGGCGCUUCCCGUUCGCGGUACAGUGCCUUUGGCCGCUUGCGCUGCUUUGCUGUAGUCCGUGGGUGCCUGAAUCACCUCGAUGGCUUCUACAGCAGAAUCGACCUGAUGAGAGCUGGAAAAUCAUCGCUAAGCUGCACGUCACAUCCGCGGACGAGUCAAGUUCAGACAAGGCAUCUUUCGCUAGAAAAGAGUUCCAUCAGAUGGUGACACAAGUUGAGGCAGACUCGCAGGCAUGGGCUUCUGGCGGUGGAAUACGGCAGAUCUUCUCAAAGCCCUCAUAUCGUAAACGUUUCGUGUUGGGAUUCCUUACACUAUACGCCGCUGAGUCCACUGGGUCAUUGGUGGUUUAUAAUUACAUUGUCGUCAUGUACCAACAGCUCGGUCUCACCGGCGGACUUGUGCUGAUUUUAGGCGCUCUUUACGUGACGAUAGCGACAUUGUGCAAUCUCUUAGCCUCGUUCAUCAUGGAUCGAGUGGGCCGAAUCCGACUGCUAUUGAUGGGUCUGACCGGAUGCACCAUAUCGCUAGCUCUUCAAUGCGCAAUGGAGGCCAACUAUGUCGGUACCACAAACCACGUCGGCAACUCUCUCGGUAUCUUCUUCAUCUUCUGCUUCAUCUUCUUUUACGCAACUGGUGUCGACGCAACGUCGUUCGUGUACUGUUCCGAGAUCUUCCCGACGCAGAUACGUCCCCAUGGCAUGGCGUUCUCAGUCUUUGGCCUGUUCAUCUCCACACUCGCUUAUUUGGAGGCGGGGCCGACUGCAUUGGCGACAAUUAAAUGGCGAUACUAUGUCAUGUUCAUCAUCUUGACUACCAUUAACAUCGUCAUAAUUUGGUGUUACUUCCCCGAGGCAAGUCGCACAACGUGA